AUGCCCCUACGGAGCUCAACACCGCCAGCAUCUCAACUGAUGGCUACGUUUGUUGAGGGUGAGGGUGGGUUUUAUCCUGUGGAGGAUAUAGUAGGAGUGAAACGAGUGUUUAGCAAGUUUUUUUUUAGAGUUAAGUGGAGGGGGUAUAGCGAUCCUCAAGAAGAUACAUGGGAGCCGAUAGAGUCGUUUCAGAGAACUGUUAAUUUUGAGUUCAGAAACAAAAUAGAGGCAUUAAAAAGAUUAUACUGGAGUACAGGACAAGCAGAGAAGGAGCUGAUGCAGCGCCGCUUCCUCAAAAGUAAACAAACAAAACAAACUGCUAAAAAAACUCAACAGCUUGUACAAACUAAUACACACACACAUACACCACCCCACACGCAACGCACUCCAGCAAGCCGCAACAGCAAACAGCAGCAGCAACAACAGCAGCAACAGCAGCAGCAGCAGAAGCAGAAUCAGCAGCAGCACCAGAAACAAACAAGCAAGGGCCUCCCCACACCCCUGGUUGCUGCUGCAAAUAAAGGAUGGGGGACCCCACAUGCAGCUCCUCAGAGAUCGAAACGGAGGACACAGCAGCAGGGUACAACCAGCAGAAGCAGCAGCAGCCGCAGCAGCAGAAGCGGCACAGUGGGUGCAGGGCCUCCUGCUGCUUCCUCCUCUUCUUCUUUCUCUUCUUCACCCUCUUCUUCUGAGGAGGACUCCGACUCUUCUUAUUCAGACGGCCAGAGCCUGCAGUGGCAGCAGCAGCAGAAGCGGAGGGAGCGGCGGCGGCAGCAGCAGCAGCAGAGGCGGCGGCGGCAGCAGCAGCAGCAGCAGCAGAUAGGGCAGGAGCCUUCCGAACCGUUAAGGCAGGCCUUCCCACCCCCUGAUUCGGCAGCAGUUGAGGUGUACAUGCAGCGCUAUUUGAAGCAGCAGCAGCGGCAGCAGCAGCAACAGCAGCAGCAGCAGCAGCGGCAGCAGCAGCAGCUGCAGCAGCAGCAGCUGCAGCAGGGGACUACAGUGGGCUGUCUCCGCUUUGGGGGAUGCCGAGUUCGGGUGUCUCCUCAAGCAGCAAACAGAGACGACAGCAGCAGCAGCAGCAGCAGCAGCAGCAGCAGCAAACACGGAGCCAUGAGCAGGAAGUCUCUGCAGCAGCAGCAGCAGCAACAGCAGCAGCAGCAGCAGCAGGAUGAGUCGCACCGAAAGAAGAGAAAGCACCAACAGCAAGAGCAGCAUCAGGAUCAGCAACAGCAGCAGCAGCAGCAGCAGAAGCAGCAGCAGGAAGUCUCCCCCUCCAAGACAAACAGAAGGAGGGGGCCUCUGCGGCGCUGUCGGAUGCAGCAGCAGAAGACAGGAGUAGGGCGAGUGGAGGCAUGUGGUAGCAGCAGGAGGCCGCGGCAGCAGCAGCAGCAGCAGCAGCAGCAGCGACAGCAGCAGCAGCAGCAGCAGCCGCGGCAGCAGCGACAGCAGCAGCAGCAGCAGCAGCCGCGGCAGCAGCAGCAGCAGCAGCGGCAGCAGCAGCGGCAGCAGCAGCAACAGCAGCAGCAGCAGCAGCGGCAGCAGCAGCAGCUGCAGCAGCAGCAGCUGCAGCAGGGGACUACAGUGGGCUGUCUCCGCUUUGGGGGAUGCCGAGUUCGGGUGUCUCCUCAAGCAGCAAACAGAGACGACAGCAGCAGCAGCAGCAGCAGCAGCAGCAGCAGCAAACACGGAGCCAUGAGCAGGAAGUCUCUGCAGCAGCAGCAGCAGCAACAGCAGCAGCAGCAGCAGCAGGAUGAGUCGCACCGAAAGAAGAGAAAGCACCAACAGCAAGAGCAGCAUCAGGAUCAGCAACAGCAGCAGCAGCAGCAGCAGAAGCAGCAGCAGGAAGUCUCCCCCUCCAAGACAAACAGAAGGAGGGGGCCUCUGCGGCGCUGUCGGAUGCAGCAGCAGAAGACAGGAGUAGGGCGAGUGGAGGCAUGUGGUAGCAGCAGGAGGGUGAGCAUUAGCAGCAGCAGCAGCAGCAGCAGCAGCAGCAGCGAGAAAGAAGGGGGCGAGGAGACGCUGCUGCAGGAAGAUAUGUUGCUGGGCCCUUGGCUGCAGCAAGAAGAGACUGUAGAUUGUUUUGCUGCUCGGCUUGGCAGCAAAGACAACCAUUUCUUAGAGUUUGCUGGGGGCUGGGACCCCGUAGCAAAGGUAAAGAGCCGCUGCAGACAGCUGCGCCUGCUGCAGCAGCAGCUGCAGCAGCAACUCCAGCAGCAACUCCAGCAGCAGCUGGAGCAGCAACUGCAACACAGACUGCAGCAGCAGCUACAGCAGCAACCACGCAAACGACCUCACACGCACAACAACCUGCUGCAGCAACUCCAGUUGCUGCAUCAGAAGACGCAACAGAGACAUCGCCAGCAGCAGCAGCAGCAGCAGCAGCAGCAAGCAGCGGGCUGUCUGCCCAGCAGCAAGAGACCUAUGUGGGGCCCCACAGCAGCAGAGGGAGUUGAAGUUGUGGGGUUAGGGUUUGGGGCUGCAGAGACAGAGACAGAAGUUCUGCACAAGUGCACAGAGAGAUGCUACUGCGGCCAAGACGUCUCUACAACUUCGCUGCCUUCUGCAGCAGCAGCAACGCCAGAAGGCUCGCGGGCCCCAACACGCAGCACCGCAGGGGCCUCCCUCUUCUUGAAACUGCAGCAACAGCAACAGCAACAGCAACAGAAGAAGCAGCAGCAACAGCAGCAGGAGCGGCAACAGCAGCAGCAGCAGCAGCAGCGGUAG